AUGGCGCUCCAGACCCGACCAAACUCGACUCAUGAAGCCAACACAGAAUCUGUCUCCAACGAUCGCGUUGAUGAUACGAUAGACAGUCUAGAACAGCCAUCUCCAAGACGAGUGGAUAAAAGGGCGUGUGUUCUCCUCGGAUCCGCGAUUCUACAGUUUCCUAUCUGGGGCUUUGCGAUGAGUUACGGUAUCUUCCAAGAAUACUAUGUCAAAAACUGGACUUUGCAUGGAAGUUCUGAUACGGCUGGUAUCAUCGGUAUGACUUCGAACGGAGUCAUGUAUCUGUCGAUGCCUAUCCUCUUCGCCCUGUUCACCAAACGCUGGGCACGAUUUCGACAGGCUGCUGCACUACUAGGCACUGUUAUUGCUUGCUUGAGCUUCUUACUAUCGAGCUUCAGCAGCAAUGUUUGGCAACUGGUCGCUACUCAAGGUGUGCUUGCCGCAUUCGGAUGCGCCCUCGUCUUCAGCCCCAUGACUCUGUCGCUGGGUGAGUGGUACAAGACGAGUAACCGAGCCCUGGCGUAUGGCGUCACACUGUCUUGUAAGAAUAUCGUUGGCUCCGUGUGUCCGUUCUUAUUCUCUUCACUCCUGGAUCAGCAUGGCUUCCGCUUCGCGCUAAGGAUAUGGGCAAUCGUAGUUGCCGGAGCGAGUGUUUUCACCAUUCUUCUCAUCCCAACUCACCCUUCGGCUCUGAUCGUAGCAACCGAUGAUGCCACUGACAGCUUGAACGAUGAGCAAGACGCUAGAAGAACAACAGCCACGCCACGAACACGCAAGAUACCGUUACACGUCUUUCACCAUCGCACGCUAUAUGUCUACUGCGUGGCCAUCACACUUCAAUCUGCUGGCUAUGGUAUACCGCAGACCUAUCUCAAUACCUACGCCAGCGAAAUUGCUCGACUCUCACAGACUUCGGCAACUCUCUUGCUCACAUUGUUCAACAUUCCUGGCAUUGCCUCGUCCUCUUUCUUUGGCUAUUUGAGUGACAACAAGUACUUUACACUAUCAGCAGCGACCGUCACAUGUAUCUCAGGACUGAGCUCAGCACUGAGUGCCUUCCUUCUCUGGGGCAUGACGACAGAAGGUAAUCUCGUGACGCUGGUCCUCUUCUCCAUCACAUUCGGCUUUUUCGCGGGGGGAUACAGUGCGACGUGGGGAGGUUUGAUGAACGAUCUCGAGGGCGAGGCGAGACGAUCGAACGAAGCCAUCGAUUCCGGCAUGGUCUAUGGUUUGUUGAACGGCGCCAGAGGUAUAGGGUACGUCGCUGGUGGCUUGAUCGGCGUACCAUUGUUGAAAGCUGGCACCGAUAAGUAUGGCAAUGGCGGUUUUGGGGUGCAGACCAGCUAUGGGCCGUUGAUUGUAUUCACCGGAGUCGCCUCGUUAUUCGGGGGUUGGGGUGUUUUGUGGAAGUGGAACAGACCCAGAAUAUAA